AUGUCUAAAGUCGAAAAGAACGAUACGGAUUUAUAUCCCGGACAAAACUUAGCUCAUCUGUUACCUCCCUCGUGGAAAUCAGACGUCGAGAGAUGGUUUGCGGAGGAUACUCCGUCAUUCGAUUGGGCAGGUUUCGUCGUUGGUGAAGAAGAACAAGAGGCUAUCUUAUGGGGUAAAAGUGGGGGUGUAUUGGCAGGGGUCCCAUUCUUCAAUCAGAUUUUCAAACAUGUCGAUUGCACAGUCGAAUGGUUGCUACCUGAAGGUUCAGUAAUCCCUUCGGAUAGUAAAACAAAAGUCGCUUUGGUACGUGGUAAAGCUAGACAUUUGUUAUUGGGAGAAAGGGUAGCUCUUAAUACCUUGUCGAGAUGUAGUGGGAUAGCGACUGUAUCACGAAGAUUUCGUGAUUUGGCAAGAGCAGAAGGUUGGAAAGGUGUCGUAGCUGGUACUCGCAAGACCACACCUGGAUUCCGAUUGGUAGAAAAGUACGGAAUGAUGGUUGGGGGUGUAGAUCCUCAUCGACACGAUUUGAGUAGUAUGGUGAUGCUCAAAGAUAAUCAUAUUUGGGCCACGGGCUCCAUAACAAAUGCAAUCACUGCCGUCCGUCGUGUGGCCGGCUUCUCCCUCUUGGUCAAUGUAGAAUGUCAGGAUGAAGCCGAAGCAGACGAGGCCAUCUCCGCAGGGGCCAAUAUUGUCAUGUUGGAUAAUAUCACAGGUGAUGGUUUACAUACGGCAGCCAAGAAUUUGAAGCAGAAAUGGAAAGGUAAGAAAGAAUUUUUGAUAGAGACUAGCGGUGGGAUAGUGGAGGGUAGUUUGACGGGUAGGGUUGGACCUGAUAUCGACAUAUUGUCCACUUCGGCUGUACAUCAAAGUUGUCAACAUGUCGAUUUUUCACUUAAAAUCCAACCAAAGGCAAAAUGA